AUGUCGACCGAUGGCGCCAGCCCUCCGGGCAGCAGUGUCUACGACUCCAGCACUAUGUUUGUUGGAGAUGGAACAUGGAUCUCUUCCAAGAAUACUUUUCUCCUGCCUAAUCUCCAAGGACUCAAUUUUGCAACAAUGCAGUUGAACAGCAUGUCCAGUCGCUUUUCCGCACUCCCUCAGUACCACCGUCUCAUCAUUGGCCACGGAGUUGUUGCUGCCCUCGUCUUCCUCCUUAUCGUCCCUUCAGCUAUUUUUGUCGCUCGCUUCUAUUACCGAAACCCGCGACUUGCUCUCCGACUCCACAUCCAUCUACAGAUCCUGACGGUCGCACUCAUCACCGUUGUGCUGAUUCUUGGCUGGUUUGCUGUCGGCCCUGAACGAAGCUUGUCCAACCCCCAUCACGGCAUCGGCGUCGCUCUGUACACUCUUGUGCUUGUUCAGUUCUUCGGUGGUGCACUGAUCCAUCGAAUCGAGAAGGGAAAGUCACGAUGGAAGAUCCCUCUCAAGCUGAUGCUUCACCAAUGGCUGGGAAGAGCAAUCGCUUUGCUCGGCAUUGCACAAAUUCCUCUCGGCAUGACCCUCUAUGGCUCUCCCAAGUACUUGUUCAUCCUCUAUGCUAUGGCUGUCUUUGCCCUCAUCGCCUUGUACUUUAUCCUCUGUUACCUAUACCAACCUGUUGCCGACUAUGAUGAUUACUCGAGUUAUACCUCAGGCCCAACAAGAACAGAGAUCACCGACGACCGUCGAAGUGGACGCACGCGAAGAACUGUCAGUACUAGUAGUAAUGCUAGUCAUCACGGGCUGAGAAACACGGCUUUCUUCGGUGCAGGUUUGGCUGGACUGGCAGCGCUUCGUCGACGCUCGCAAAGUAGAAAUGCUCAAAGGUCUCAGGGAGCAAAGGUUCCGUCGCACAGAUCGUACCCCUCUGGUUCUUACAUCGAAGAGGAAAAGAUAAUCGAAAGACGUCCCAAGAACAACACCUGGAAAAACAGGUUACUAGGUGCUGGUGCUGGACUCGGGGCAUAUCAAGGGUUGAAGAGGGCCUUCUCACGCAAACAGCCACAAGACGAAGAGAGCUAUGCUGGCUCCUCAUAUGCUCCUACAGUCGGUGGGAGCCAGGCCGUCAACCGAGCUGACGUGAUAAGAGUUCAAGACGGAGAAGCACCUCUGUCACCCGAGCCUCAUCGGAUUAUCAGGUCGGACCGAAUCAGCACAGCGCCAGCAACUGCUUCCCUUGGACAGCCUCUCCGAUCACGCACAAGUCGUGAUUCAUUCUCAUCUUACGAUAGUAGGAGUUCUUUCGAAGACGAACAACCUUCUCGGCCAAUCAAGUCCUCCGAGCCUGGUAUUAUCGCUGGCAUCGGGUCCUUAGGAUUGCUCGGGUACUUCAGACGGAGGCGUGAGCAGAAUCGGAUUGAGAAGGAUAAUGUUAGGGUCGUGGACAUGAGACAGCAAGAACGACAGAAUGCUGAGCGCAUCAAUCGUGCCAACAGCCAGCGAUACUCGGAUCGUCACAGGCACAGAAGGCCAAACGUCACCGAGACAGAGGCCACGCAUGAUCUCGGAUUUGCCGGAAGUAAUCCAGAGCUCUCGAGACAUCACAUGCCCACCAGCAACAUGCCCCCUUUGCCCGCUUCUGCGGCAACUCUACCCGCAAGUAAUCAGUACAGUACAACUCAAUUGCCGAGCAACGACGGGCCUGCAGGUUUGGCGCCACCGAUAAUGGGUCCUGCAUACCCAACUCAACCUGGCCCCGUGUCAAUGCCCGAAGGAGCCGUUGUACCAGAUGCUUCUCGUCUUGCAAGGUCCAACAACACAUCUAGAGCCCAUCUUCCGGCAGAGCCGAUCGCAUCAGGUCUUGCAGCUGUCGAUACCUCUCAUUCGCAUAUGAGACCUGAUCAUCACGAAAGAACAGAUCAUUACAACACUGCUUCACAAAUCAAAGUCGCCAACAGUCCGACAAGCGUUGCCUCUCCACCAGUCAGCGUCAAGGUGAAGAUGCAUAAUGAUGGACGCCAUGUCACACUUCGUCGACUGAACGAAGAUGAAGCCGCAGCUGAGCGAGAGGCACGAAGGCGGGAAAGACGUCAAAGAAGGAGGAGAGCUGAGAGUCUGAGCUCUGGGGUAGAGGAUGAGAAUGUCAGGUACAGACGCGCUCAAGGCACCAUGCCCUCUCCCAACGCUGCAGCCAGACCACCAGCUGUAUCACAUUCGGAUGAGUUGAAUCUGCCUCCAAUGCAGGGUCCUCCACCAGUACCUGUCCACAGUACAGGUAUGAGUCCUGUAAACAUGCCGUCCAGUGGCAUGAACAGCGCAAUCGGUAGUCCUGGACCCUACGACACAGGUACUGGAACGGAUCUUAGUGCCUUUGAAACCAACAGAAAGAGGCGAAGAGCAGAACGAGCUGCCCAGCGAGGCGCCAACCAAGGUGCUCGUGUGGAGUUUUCCUGA